GCACCUUUCUAAAAUGGAUACAACGAAUGAUCCAAAACCAUACACCAUCCUUCGUAUCAAACGCAAACGAACCGAUGAGCCUCUGGAUGCUCUAGUCGUCGAAUCCCGAGUUCGCAGAAAGAGAUCACGCGGUGGCAUCGAUGUUUUUCAGUUUGCCCAAACAAUAGAGCAGAGUGCUUGGAAGGAUGAACAAAUACGACUGGAGCUUCAAAACCAGAUAUCUAAGCUAAGAGAAAAACCGAGUGAGAGGCAGGCCGAGAUGAACACAGCAACUUCGGUACCUCAGCAAAAGGAUAACACGAACCGAAGGUAUACAGUACUCCCUCAAGAGGAGUCAGAUUCGCAUCGCUCUAAAUUUCAGGCGAGUCCACCUAAAGUGCUCUCUGCGAAAGAUGUGCCCCCUCCAAAAGAUUUCAGGAUGUAUGAUGCUGUUCUCGCCGACAAAGAGUCUGCUACACCUGCCUUUGACUCUGAGAUGGAGAAAUUCCUACCCAUGCUCAACGAUUAUUUGAACAUUAACGACAUUUCUAUCACUUUACCCCCUGUGGCCUCGUCUUCUGUUAAUAGCGUCAGUGACAAAUCAGAAAGUGGUGACUAUGUCUGGGACGUAUUCUACAGGCGACCCGCCACACUUAGUGAAUGGAAUUCGGCUGCCAAUGUCGGGACCUUGAUGGGAUUACCUUCAUCUGCCACGAAUGCUUCUGACUCGGAAUCGGGCUCUGAGGAAGAAGAUGAAGCUGAUGAAGAUUCCAAUGCUGAAGAAUAUUACAAGAAUGACUACCCCGACGAAGAGGAUCCGAGUGACAGUGACGGAAGUGAUGAAUUCCACGAAGACUCGGAAGAUGACGACUAUACUAAUAUAGCCGACGAAGGGCAAGAUUGGAGGUAGUACCCGAAGCACGAUAUUCUCCCCCGAACAUUUUCAAGAAUUCUUCGCAUAAUCUGUCGCAUUUACCCAUUGUAAACAUAGAAUAAUCACAUAAAGGCUCCUUUACAACAUUUUCAUCAACGUAUCUAGUCAUCUCAUACCGUGAAUGCAUCAUUUACGCUUUCGU